CUCUCAAUCGCUCUCAAUCGCUCUCAAUCGCUCUCAAUCGCUCUCAAUCGCUCUCAAUCGCUCUCAAUCGCUCUCAAUCGCUCUCAAUCGCUCUCAAUCGCUCUCAAUCGCUCUCAAUCGCUCUCACUCUCCGAUCAUUUAUAGAUACUAUAGACAUCACAUAGAGCUCACCGUCUAGUCUCGCAGUUUCUCCAGCAACAUCCCAUACCCUUUGGAAGACGCUAUCAUCCAUCGCCAUCAGAUUGGACCUAGACUUUCCUGAUAUCUGCAAUUGUUUCGGGGUUUGAGGGCAACAGUGACGAUCCCCCUUGACUUUUGGGAACGAAGCUCGCUUGUAGUCGACUAUAAUAACCUAUUUAGACCUUUCACUAGCUAUUCGCUUUCGUCUCAUCUCUUGUCUCUUCACUCUGCUCAACACAAUAUGACCGUCACAACCACCACCCUCAAUGGCACCUCUGACCAGUAUCUCACUCUUCGAGGUGAAGAGCCAAAGAUCAAGAAGAUCCCUUCAUACGAAUCAGCGAAACUCGUCGACCCUUUCAACUAUGUAGGCGAGACGUUUGGGGAUGGCCCAGGGGAGGAUUACCCAUGGGCAGAUUUCCUUCCGCAUAACCCAGUCCGAACGCACUCUGAACCCCCGCUCGAGCUCCAAAACAUCACGGAUAGAGGUCAUUUUGCCGACCCCGGGCAUUCUCGCCUUCGGGCUUGGGUUAAAUCGAGCGGAGGAACGAUCAAGGAUUUGGGGAUAUGUGUAGGGACAGUCAUUCAUGGUGUCAAGAUGGAGGAGAUGGGUCCAGAGGAACGUGACGAUCUUGCCCUUCUCAUCGCUCAACGCGGCGUCGUUUUCUUUCGAAAGCAGCAUGAUCUCACUAUCGAUCAACAGAGAGCGCUCGGCGCAUACUUUGGUCCCCUGCACAAGCAUCCCACGUACGCGACGCCCCGUCGUGGCGACCUGGAUGACGUGGUCGUCGUUUACUCGGAUGAGAAUUCCCGUCCUGACCUCUACGCUUUCUCUCGUGCAGAGCUGUUCCACAGCGAUGUAACAUAUGAGCUCCAGCCACCCGGCGCGACCAUCUUGAGAUUGCUGGUAACGCCAGAAGUGGGCAAUGACACGCUCUGGUCCUCUGGCUACAACGUCUACUCAUCCCUUUCGAGGCCAUACCAGCGAUACCUCGAGUCCCUGUCUGCCAUUCACACCGGGUACAAUCAAGCGGCUUCCAGAUCUGCUGAAGGUCAUCGUAUCCCUCUACGUGCACCCAUCGAGACUGUUCAUCCAGUCGUUCGGGUUCAUCCCGUCACAGGGCUAAAGAGCGUAUUUGUCAACCCGGGUUUCGUCACUCGUAUUGUUGGCGUACCCAAAGCAGAAAGCGAUGCGACAUUGGCAUUUUUGAAAGACUCGUUUGCUCAACAGACAGAUGCGACGGUUCGUUGGAGAUGGGAGGCAGGAGACGUGGCAUGCUGGGAUAAUCGUAUCGUCAACCAUUCCGCGACUUUUGAUGCCUACCCGUCCCUCCGUCACGGUCUUCGCGUCACGCCCCAUGCCGAGAAACCACUCUCCGUAGAAGAAUACGAAGCUGCCUACGGCAAACCUGCCAAAGAUUGGAUCAAGGAACGAUUGAUUAGUCUCGGGAUUGAGGGCCCGGCCGCAGACGAUGGCAAGACUAAAAAGGGCGGCUUCAGAGAUUGAUCCACGAGUCGGGCCACACAGAGUUCGUCUUUCAGUCCUUGUUAUCACCUUAAUGUCAUGUUGUCUUCUACCAUGUAUAUACUUCUCUCGUCGUCUUGUUGGCUCGGGACGAAGUCAUGAACGAGUCUAAUACAGGAG